AUGGGUUCUUACUCCAACGAGAAAGAGAACAAUAUAGUGGAAACUCUCACCCCACAAACAGAUGAUAGUGAUGCCCUCUUAGCCAUGGUUCUAGGUGCCAAUAUGGUGUUUCCUGCUGUUCUUAAUGCUGCUAUUGAACUCAAACUGUUUGAAAUCAUAGGUAAUGAAUUCAAGUCAGCUAUUGAAAUUGCUUCAAAGCUACCAGCUCAACACUCUGACUUACCAAAUCGGCUUGAACGUAUGCUGCGCAUGCUUGCUAGCUACUCCCUUCUUUCUGUUUCCACUCGCACCAAUGACGACGGUAGCAAAGUGAGAGUAUACGGGGUCAUAAGUUCUGGCAAAUACUUUGUUAAUGAUGAAAAUGAUGGUGGUUAUGUGGGUUCAUUCACAUCAUUCAUGUGCCACCGUGCACUGUUAGGGGUGUGGUUGAAUUUUAAGGAAGCAAUAAUUGAUCCAGAGAUUGAUCUAUUCAAGAAAGUUAAUGGAAUAUCUAUAUACGAGUACUUUGGGACAGAUCCACAAAUAAAUCAGUUAUUAAACAGAUCAAUGACUGAUUUGUGCAAUGUUCACAUAAAAAGAAUCCUUGACGUAUACAAAGGAUUUGAAGGGGUAUCAACUUUGGUUGAUGUAGGAGGUGGCAAUGGACAAAGUCUCAAAUUGAUUAUUGCCAAAUAUUCAUCAAUAAAGGCAAUCAAUUUUGACCUUCCACAAGUGAUUGACAAUGCACCACCCAUUACAGGUAUUGAACAUGUUGGAGGAAGUAUGUUUGAGAGUAUUCCACAAGGAGAUGCCAUAAUACUUAAGGGUGUAUGCCAUAACUGGUCAGAUGAACAAUGUAUAGAAAUAUUAAGCAAUUGUCACAAAGCUCUACCUCCAAAUGGAAAAGUCAUUAUCAUAGAGCUUACACAACCAGAAGAUCCAGAACCAACAGAUGCAUCUCGCAUGAUUGCAACUAUUGAUAACAUCAUGUUUAUCACAGCUGGUGGAAGGGAAAGAACUCUAAAAGAAUAUGAGAGUUUGGGUAAACAAUCUGGAUUUUCUAAGCUUCAAGUUGUUUGUCACAUUUUCUCCAUACUCGCAGUUAUGGAACUUUACAAAUAA